CUGACUAGUCCAAGUUUCAGUUUUUAGUGAUCAUAACCAGGACAGACACUUGAUUUUUUCCAAUACAAAUAUUUAUUUGCUUUCUGUAAUGCUAAAUUUGGUGAGAACAAGAACUCAGCUCAGGUCUAAUAGAUCUAUGCCUUUAGUAGGCAUGGAUUAUGCAGAUCCAAAGAAGAAAAACAACUUUGUGGGUAAAAUUCUUAUGGCUGCUAUAUUGACUGCACUAUGCAUUCUUAUGCUCAAACACUCCCCUGAUUUUAAUCCCCCAACUGCAUUCUCUCGUCGUGAACCAGGUGUCACUCAUGUGUUAGUCACUGGAGGUGCUGGAUAUAUUGGAUCACAUGCAGCAUUACGUCUUCUAAAAGAUUCUUACCGAGUGACCAUAGUGGACAACCUUUCACGAGGAAAUUUAGGUGCUGUAAUGAUUCUACAGGAAUUAUUUCCUGAACCUGGCAGGUUUCAGUUCAUAUAUGCUGAUUUGGGGGAUGCCAAAGUGGUGCACAAGAUAUUCUCCCAAAACGCAUUUGAUGCGGUCAUGCAUUUUGCAGCUGUAGCAUAUGUUGGCGAGAGCACCCUUGAUCCUUUAAAAUAUUAUCACAACAUUACAUCAAACACCCUCACUGUACUAGAAGCAAUGGCAACUCGUGGAGUCCCAACUUUAAUUUACUCUAGUACAUGUGCAACGUAUGGAGAGCCUGAAGAGAUGCCGAUUACAGAAGAAACUCCACAGCUGCCUAUUAAUCCAUAUGGAAAAGCAAAGAAAAUGGCGGAGGAUAUCAUCCUAGAUUUUCACAAGAACUCAAACAUGUCUGUCAUGAUUUUGAGAUACUUCAAUGUCAUUGGUUCUGAUCCAAAUGGAAGACUAGGAGAAGCUCCACGACCUGAACUACGGGAACAUGGCCGGAUAUCUGGUGCUUGUUUUGAUGCAGCUCGUGGAAUCAUACCUGGGCUUAAGGUAAGAGGAACAGACUAUAAGACAGCAGACGGUACCUGCAUAAGGGAUUAUAUAGACGUGACCGAUCUGGUUGAUGCUCAUGUUAAAGCUCUUGAGAAGGCAAGGCCAGGGAAAGUUGGGAUCUACAAUGUUGGAACAGGAAGAGGUAGAUCAGUGAAAGAAUUUGUGGAGGCUUGUAAGGUAGCAACUGGAGUACCUAUCAAAGUUGAAUUCCUUCCCCGUAGGCCUGGUGAUUAUGCAGAAGUUUACAGCGAUCCAACUAAGAUUAGGAAUGAACUGAACUGGACAGCCAAAUACACUGAUCUUCAACAGAGUUUGCAGAUUGCAUGGAGAUGGCAGAAGUCACAUCUUAAUGGUUAUAGUUUAUCCGUGGCAACAUCCUGAUGACGCCUCUAUCAACUUAUCGUUGUUUAAGACUUGACUUGAACCUGGUGUCACAGCUGAACUUAACGUCGAAUUAUUAGUAUCCAUAAAGUACAAUUUUCAAGGCCAAGGGGGGAAUGAUGUGUAUUGUGACAAUAGGCAGCAGUUUAUUUACCCAUUUGUUAUGUGUAUUUAGUGAAAGGGAUAUUUCAAAUCAAUAAUAGUUCCCAUUCAGGUAUAGCUUCUAUCUGUUUUACUUCCUUUUUUGUGUACAUCCUGUUAUUGUAUUCUUUGACUUUAAGGCAUAGUUGAUUGAUUGAUUA